ACGGUUUUUGAUAGAAUGAUAAUAAGAAAUUAGUAAUUGCACAUUCAAAUGAAGGAUAGAGAAUGGGUCUAGCAAUAUUCAAAUGUUUAUUGCCGGCUGCCACCAGUCUAAGCCUUAUUGCCCCCGGGGCAUUGGCUAUGAAGAAAUAUCUACACGCUGAAGGAUUUAUUUACCUCUUUGCCACAAUAUUCCAAAUGAUGCAUCAUUUAUGUCAAUGCCCAGGAUUGUCGAUUAUAUUCUGCUUUAUGGGAGAAGAGUUACUUGAAUAUUAUUCAACAUAUUCACUUAUUCUGGGGAUGUUUAUUACAAUUGUUAAUUUAACAAAAUUCACUAGAGUAAGAAAAUUAACAUUUUGUAUUACAUGUGGCAUGAUGUGCAGUAUUCGUAUUUAUCAAACCUCUACUGGAAUAGGGGUCUACUCUCCCCCUUUAAUUAUAGCAGGGAUACUUCUGGCAUAUUCAUGGGGUAGGCAUAUGUAUGACACAAAGAAAUUUUAUCCCGAAAAGACGAUAUGGUUGAAAAACAUUCUUCCAGCUUUGCUAUUCGGUACUUUUUCAAUGGUGAUGCUAUUCUGCGUUCAAAAUAGUAUCAACUAUGGAUUUAUCCACAGUCUCCACCAUAUUUCGAUAGCUGUGUCAUUCUAUUUUUUCUUGCAAAUGACUGAAGAUGGAGAGAAACCAAAGGGAAACGAAAAAUUUUGUAGUUGUGGAAAACUUUCUAUGGUUCUGUGCUGCUGUUAAAGAAAAUAGAGUAGUCAUAAAUUAUGCCGUUAAGUGUGCGUUGCGGUUCUAUAGCGAAUACUUCUAUGAAAUCUAGUGUUUUCAAAAAUUGUUGGCGCACGCAAAACGAUGACAACUAUUUUGUACAUUUAUAAUGAAGUGUUAGUGCCUUUUUAUUUUUAUUUCUUACCGCUAUACAUAUUAUUCUAUUGAAACCAGUCAGAUGAACGCAGGUAUUUCGUAUCGUGAUUUAUUUUUCUUUUAUUCUGUCUCUAUUUAGCACUUAUUCGUAUAGAAAGCAAGUUCUCGCUGAAAAAUAGGCAAUUCAGAUACUCAAACUACUGAAAAUAACCAUCGCUUGACAACCGUGUGAUUAUUUAUUAUACCAUUCCUGUAUAUGGUGUGCAA